CGAACAGGGUAAAAACUUCCUCUUUUGUAAAAGCUCCUCCUAUAUAUAAGAAAGCACGUCACUAAAUCGCGAAUCAAACAUCCACUCAAUAUGGGUGUCAAAGGAUCUCUUGCAUUUUGCCUUUGUUUGACUCUUUUUGGAUUGGUAUAUUUGCAGAAUGACCAACCGAAAAUGGAUGUUGUUUUGCUCAUGGAUUCAUCUGAUAGCCAUCGGUCUCAAAACUUUGACAAUGAGAAGAAGUUUGCUUUAGAAUUCGUAAGGCAGACUUUUAACAAAUACGCACAGAUCAGUCUUUACACAUUCGGCUCCAGUGCUUACAGUCAAUUCACAUUAAACGCCUAUAAUGACAUUCAACUUAUGAAGCAAGCAAUAACGUACAUGUGGUACAGCACAGGGGAUGGCGAUGUUUCUACUGCUGUCGAAUACACAAUCAAGAAUGGCUUUUCAAAUUCUGCUGGCGGCCGGGAAUGCGUCCCAAAAGCAUUAGUAAUUCUGACUCACUCGCCUAUCGGCGAACAAGAAGCCUUAAGAAUUAGCACUGUGCUAAAAACAGAACGAAUACGAUGUUUUAUUCUUAACAUGGCUGGAGACUCAGCGAAUGCAAAUUUUAUCACAAUCACCGAUGCCUCAACAAGAACAAUACCAAUUACUGAUUUCACAGCAUUGGAGUCAUCUGCGACCACAAUAACGAGUCUUGUUAAAACAGAUCUCCCGAGUACUGGGUGUGGAAGGUUUUCCGGUUGGGGAAAUUGGACAACAUGCAGUGUUACAUGCGAUAUUGGCUUGAAAUUCCGUUCAAGACACUGCAUAAAAUUGGAAGAUACAGAUAAAGAUUGUGAAGGACAAUUUACGGAAGAGUCAGUUUGUAUCAUGCCAAACUGUACAGAACCUGUCAAUGGCGCAUGGUCUGAUUGGGUAAAUUGGGGAACCUGUACAAAAACUUGUCAGAAUGGAACGCAAAGGCGAACAAGACAAUGUGACCGGCCACAGCCAAGGAAUGGGGGAAAGAGCUGCCCUGGAGUACGAAUUCAGACGAGACCCUGUGCAGAAUGGAAAUGUCCAGAUUGCAACAAGGCUUGCCCAGCCGGUGCACAUAUUUCUAAAUCAUGUGAUGCAUGUGAGUGCUCAAGUGUAACGCUGUUUGGACAAAUAAUGGAUACUACGAAACAUGCCGUCGAAGGGGCAGAGAUAUUUCUAGAGUCGAGCAAGUAUAAACCAAUCGCAAAAACAGACAGGUUUGGAAUUUUCAGCAAGACAGGCAUAUGCAUUUUAAACGAAAAUAUUUACAUACAAGCUCCAACAUGUGAAAGUAAACAUUUUGCACCAAAGGAACUGAAUGCUACGCAUUGGACACUGAUAAAUGCGACGCUUGAGAAAUACAUACCUCCAGUUAUCACGGUUCAGCCGCAUGAUAAAGUUCGGAUGGUUGGACAGAGUUUAAGUCUUUGCUGUGCAGCUGAUGGGAAGCCUGUCCCAUCUGCUUUCAAAUGGUUCAAAAAUGGAAUAGAACUGGAAAAUUUAGGUACAAAUGGAACCCUAAAAUUUUCAUCUGUACAAAAGUCUGACAGUGGAUCCUAUCAUUGCUAUACCGAGACAGAAGCAGGAGUGACUUUAUCGGAGGAUGUUCAAGUUGAAGUUCAUGAUUUUAAGGAAGAUACUUGUGGAGCCCCACAUUCAAAGUUACAGGAGCUUCCACAUGGAUGUUACCUUACAAGUAACACUAGCAGAAACAACACAAUUAACGUUGGAGACUGUGGCAAAGCAUUAUGCAUGAAAUCGUCUUUGCAUGAUAAUGGAUCUUGCAGUGAUUACUGGCCACAUCACUGUUGUAACGCUAAAGACGUAGAUGUCCUUGAUAUUACAUGCGAUGGAUUUAGUUACAAAACUACUAGAAUAAAGUCUUGUGAGUGCAAACCAUGCGUGUUUAAAACGACUGUAACAGGAAGAGCUUUUGGUAGGCAGAAUGGUACAGAUAUUCCUUUUAGAAUUGGACAAGUUCUUGUUAAUGGUAAAAUUGCAGCAACAACAAAUGCUGCAGGAUUUUUUAAAUUCGAUGUACCUAAAGGAAUAAAGCGUGUUGUAGCUACUUUUCAUGACAAAGUAUUUAAAAAAUUCAUGGACACCACAAAAAUAAUCCAGGUUAAAGAAGGAGGGGAAACAUUUUCCACAAUAGUUAUUCCACUACGUCCACAACCAAUACCGUUCCACACUGAAAACGGCACUGAAAUACAUUUAGGGACAGGUCCAUCUGGGAUGCCCCCAGCAGGACAACUGUCGAUUCCUACAAAUGCUAUCGUCACGCCAGAUGGACAGCCUUUUAAUGGUACUGCCAAAACGAUACUGCAUUUUAUGGAUCCGAGGAAUAGGGAUGAUAUUGAAUCUGCAAAUGGAGACUUUGAAAGCGAAUCGCCUGGAGGGGAUAAAGUUCCUUUAAAGACUUAUGGAAUGUUUCAGUUGAGUAUUGAAGAUGACAAAGGAAAAGAACUCAAAGUCAAUAAACCUUUGAAAUUUACACUUGAUGCAAGUCAAUUUAAUAUUGAACAUGAUGAAAAUGGAGAUCCUGAUUUAUCAUUAUGGGAUUAUGACAACAAUAAAGGCGUUUGGGUAGAAACAGCCAAGAUGAAAUAUAAACAACAAUCUAAUACCAGAAGGAAGCUUCUUGAAGCUGUAAGCAUUGAAGCUUUCUUCCAUCCGCCAAGGAUUCCAGAUCUGAAGUUCAACGAUGUUCAUUAUGAACGCGUUUGGACAGGACGGUAUACUAAUUGCGACCACAGUGUCAAAAUAUAUGAGAAUGUCGUACGAAGGACACCAAAAGCGGGAAUAUGUUACGCAAGCAUAUCAGUUUAUACAGAUAUGAACCUUAAAGAAGCAUAUACUGGUGGGGACAUUGAAAUUAAAGCAUAUGUCAAAGAGUUAGACAACUCCUCAUAUAUUGGUGCAAAUAAAGCGACAUAUUUGAGAAAUGGGCACACUUGCCUUCAAGUGUUUUGCGAUAAAUUGGUAUAUAUACAUGUUGUAAGAAAUGGUAAAGAAAGAUUUUAUGCCGCCAAUCACCACCUACCAUACCCGGGAUAUAUAAGAGACACAAAUGACAAUGAAAUACUUUUUGAGUCAAGAGAUUUAGGGAGAUCAAUAGAUUGCAGUAUGUACCCACCUGGUACAGUGUGUGAAGGUCCGAUGUAUCAAAAGGUCAGUGGAGGAAGAUGUAACAGAGUAGGCAUAAAUGAUCAGACGUUCCAAUUUAAGUUUGCACCAUUCACAAAAGCCCCAGAGCAUAAUUAUGUUGCCGGUGAAGGCGUAUAUGAUAAGAAACUUUCUUGGUACCCUGUUUCACCUGCGAAAUCAACAUUUAGGUCUUGUUUCAUGAAAGUACGAGUUGAUAUAGUUGAUACAUUUGAUAUACGAUUUUUUGCAAAGAGUCAUUUAAAAGACGUCAACGGGGAUGAAUUUGGAUCAUACUCUACAGGGCCAACUCCUGAUCCUAGAAAAACGGAUCUGACUGUAAGGGGAGCUUGUAUCGAAUUCCGAUGCCCGGGAUACAUCAAAGACGGCAAUAAAGAAAUAUUUGACCUGGAUACAGCAAUAGAAGUUCGUAUGGUAACUUCAAAUCGAAACUUGCGAUGUAAAAUCAGUAAGACGAAUUCGUUGAUAAACAUAACGCCUAUCACAGAUGCAACAAAAGGAGACAUUGGCUUCACAUUUAUUGCAAAGGCAGGGAUAAAUUAUGGAUCCAGAUAUGGUAUUUUCAUUAGCGACAGUACCCCAAAACAAGUUGAACAAUUCUGUGAUAGUGGAUUUGAUCGUGGUCCAAAUGUAAAGGGCUUAAUGGAUCCGACACAAAGCACAGCUGUUGAAUUUGACUGCACAUAAGAUGUGGGAAACAUUCACAAGUCAAUCUGACAUUUGAAACAAAUAUAACAGGACAGGAAAUUAUAUAAAACCAAAACUAGUUUUAACAAUAUGCUUAUUAUGUUUUUUCUCUUAUCAUCUACGUAAUAAUCAGAUAUAUAUUAUAUGAAUAAUGCUGA